AUGGCGGGACGCGUGAGGCACCCGAUUGACCAGAAGGCGCUGGAGCGGUAUAUCGAGCAGAACGUACCGGAGAUCAAGACGCCGGUUGAUAUCAAGCAGUUCGGCUUCGGUCAAUCGAACCCGACAUACCAGCUCACCGACGCAACCUCCACACGCUUCGUCCUACGCAAGAAACCCCCCGGAAAACUCCUCUCCAAGGCCGCGCACAAAGUCGAGCGCGAGCACCGAAUAAUCCACGCCCUCGGGCCCACCGACGUGCCGGUCCCGAAGGCGUACUGCCUCUGCGAAGAUGACUCCGUCAUCGGCACGCCCUUUUACAUCAUGGAGUUCCUCGACGGCCGCAUCCUCGAGGACGCCGCCAUGCCCGAAGUCUCGUCGCCCGAGGAACGCAAGGCCCUCUGGAAGGCCGCGACGCAGACCCUCGCCAAACUGCACCGCGUGAACCCCAAGGACGUCGGCCUCGAGACGUUCGGGAAGAACAGCGGGUUCUACGAACGCCAGAUACAGACGUGGACUACCAUCUGCAAGAGCCAGGCCGCGACCAAGGAUAAGGAGACGGGGGAGCUCGUGGGUGACCUGCCGCAUUUCGAGGAGAUGAUGGCGUUUUUCAAGGAGAAGGCGAGGCAGCCCAAGGAUAGGGGCACGUUGGUCCACGGGGAUUACAAGAUUGAUAAUAUGGUCUUUCACAAGACUGAGCCGAGGGUCAUUGGCAUUCUAGACUGGGAAAUGUCAACAGUAGGCCAUCCCCUCUCGGACCUCUGCAACUUUCUGACCCCCUACUUCACCGCUUCCCGCGGAAGCAGCGGCGUCUACGCGCACGAGGGCUUCUUGCCCAACGCCACGCCGGGCCUGCCGACCGUCGACGAGAUCGUCGGGUGGUACUCCUCCGAGGCCGGCUGGGACCCCUCGCCCGAGCUGAACUGGGGCAUGGCGUUCAACGUGUUCCGGCUGUCGGCGGUGCUGCAGGGCAUCGCGGCGCGCGCGGCGCAGGGCCAGGCGAGUAGCGAGCAGGCCAAGGUGUACGCUGUUACGAGGGGCCCGCUGGCGGAGUUUGCGUGGGAGUUGGUGGGGAGGAGUCUGGGGCAGGAAAAGGCGAAGCUGUAG